AUGUUUUCUAUGUGCAAACAAACCCGUAUACCGACGUCCAUAGAGCAUGCUAUUUAUUGUUACUUCUUCAAUCGCGUCGAAAAAUGCCUUGUGUUAGCCGGUGUCAACAUUCUCCGUGUCUACAGGCUAGUCCCGACCGACACGACAUGUCAGCCGCCCAAAACCAAGUUUGAAUGCCUGGCUCAAUACACUUUAUUUGGUAAUAUCAUGUGCUUACAGUCUGUUACUUUGUGUCAGAAUUCACCCGAAGCUUUGUUACUCAGUUUCUCUGAAGCCAAGUUCAGUUUGGUCCAGUACGAUCAUGACAAUCACAACCUACGUACGUUAUCAUUGAAUUAUUUCGAAGACGACAAAUUUAAAAAUGGUACCACUCAACAUUGGACUCCUCCUUUAAUUAGAGUAGAUCCAGUUGGUCGAUGUGUGGUUGGUCUAGUUUAUGGACAUUAUUUUUUCGUUCUACCGUUUGGUCGUACUAUUGAUGAUCACGGUAAAAGUGCUCAAGUCAUGCCUAGCUAUACAAUACCAAUUAAAACAAUAGAUCCCAAGAUGAAUAAUAUUAAAGAUUUCGAUUUCUUACAUGGAUAUUAUGAACCAACAUUAUUAAUUCUGUUUGAAUCGGUUCAAACUAAUGCUGGACGUAUAGUUAUUAGGAAAGAUACAUGCGCAAUGGUAAGUGUCAUUUUAAUUAUAUGUUGGUACUUAUUAUAAUUCUAAUAUGAUUCCAAACAAUUGUUUCUUUUUUUUUUUUUUUAUUCAUUUUUUUUUUAAAUAGGUGGCUAUUUCAUUAAAUAUUCAACAACAUGUGCAUCCAGUCAUUUGGUCAUUGGAUUCACUUCCCUAUGAUUGUCAAAAAGUCAUUCCGGUGUCUCGUCCAAUUGGUGGUGCUCUGAUUAUGGCAGUGAAUUCUCUCAUACAUCUCAAUCAAAGUGUACCUCCUUUCGGGGUUGCCCUUAAUUCUAUAACCAAUACAAUGACCAACUUUCCUUUAGAACAACAAGAAGAAAUUAAUCUCGUUUUGGACCGUGCUACUGCCACUUUUAUAUCUAGUAAUAAACUAGUGACAUCGUUGUGUAACGGUGAUCUCUACGUAAUUACACUAUACGCUGAUAGUAUGCGUGCAGUAAGAAGUUUUCAUUUUGAAAAAUGUGCUUCUAGUGUAUUAACUACAUGCAUAACAGUAUGUUUGGACUCCUAUUUGUUUCUGGGUUCAAGACUUGGUAAUUCUCUACUUUUGAGAUACUAUGCACGGUCUCAAAGUAAUGAUGACGUACCUACUGUUAAACAUAAAAAUGCUGAUGUAACUGAUGAAGAUCUCAUUGAAUUAGAAGUAUAUGGUAGUGAAGUACAGACAUCUAUUUGUUUAGAAAAAUACAGUUUCGAAGUCUGUGAUAGUAUAAUAAAUAUUGGGCCAUGUAGUCAAGCGUCUUUAGGAGAACCAGCUUAUAUUUCAGACGAAUUGAGUAAUGAUGAACAUGAUGUGGAACUAUUAUGUACAUCUGGUCAUGGGAAAAAUGGAGCGUUAAGUGUUCUUCAUCAUUCCAUCAAACCUCAAUUUGUUGCUACAUUUCAUUUGGAUGGCUACAAAAACAUGUGGACAGUGUAUGAUGAAAAUGAUUUUCAUUCUUUUAUGAUAUUUACCAACUCAGAUUCAACUUUAAUACUAAAAACUGGACAAGAAAUAAAUGAAUUAGAUUAUUCAGGUUUUGCAACGCAAGAGCAUACGGUUUUUGUGUGCAAUAUGAAUAAAUAUGUUAUACAAGUUUUAAAAUACUCCGUGAGAUUGCUCAAGGGGUCAGAUCAAAUUCAAAACAUUCCUUUAGAAUUUGGUUCUCCGAUUAUACAUGGAUCUUGCAGUAGUCCCUAUGCUGUAUUGUUAACUUGUGAUGGACAGGUGAUAGUGCUGAUUAUUAAAUCAACAGGAAGAAUUGUACUCAUGCGACCCACCAACUUUGAUACUGUACCACCGACAAAAACGUUGACUGUGUAUCGUGAUGUAAGUGGCUUAUUUUCUAGCACAAUGCCCCAAGCCGAAAUUCCUGUGGUAGGUCAAAAAUUAAAACAUGCUACUUUUGUAACUGAUUCCAUGGAAGAUGAAGAGGAAAUGUUGUAUGGCAAUACAAGAGAUUCAUCAUCCAAUGAAACACCUCAUAAACUGGUCUCAAAUAAAAAUCUUAUGUGGUGGUUAAAGUUUAUAGAACAACCGACACCAACAUAUUGGGUUGUUCUGACAAGAGAUAAUGGAUGUUUGGAAAUUUAUACAUUACCUGAUUUUAAAAUAAAAUAUCAAGCUGCUGACAUAGAUGAAUCACCUGCUGUUCUUAAAGAUAGUUUAGAAGAAGGUUGUUUUAAUAAAAGUACUGAAUUAAUAAAAGAAAUUUUGCUUGUACCGCUGGGAUAUCAAGAUAAAAGGCCUUUAUUAUUUGUCAGAUUAAACAAUGAGGUAAAAUAAAUAUUAAUAAAAUAUUUUAUAGUUUAUUGAUUUCAUAAACAAAUUUAAUUUUUUUUUAGGUGGUUAUUUAUGGUAUACACAGGCACCCAGAAGGUACAUUAAAGAUGCGAUUUCAUAAGCUUACUUCAUUGUUAACAUUUCAGUCAAAAUCUAGUAACAGUCUGGAAGACAUUUCAUUGCUUCAUUAUUUCAACAGAAUCGCUAGCUAUAAUGGCGUUUUUAUAUGUGGUCAAAAUCCUCAUUUAGUAUUACUCACUAUAAGAGGAGAACUAAGGUGUCAUCCAUUACACAUAGAUGGACCAAUUGUUUGUUUUGCACCUUUUCAUAAUGUUAACUGCUCACAGGGAUUCUUAUACCUCAACUCUGAUAACAAAUUAAGAUUUUCCAUACUACCUACACAUUUAUCAUAUGAUGAACCUUGGCCAUUGAGAAAGGUAUAUUUUAUUUCAUUGUUUUAGUUUUUUUUUUUAUUAAUACUAAUCAUACUAGAAGUUUGAACAAUUUUAAUGUAAUGUAGAUAUAACUUUUUUUAUUUUGCAAAUGUACAAUUUUUACAAUUGCCCUAAAAUAUUCAACAACUAUUAUAACUAGCACAUUUAAAUAUACCAUAUUUUUAAAUAAAAUUGUUAUAAUUUUUUUUCAAAGAAGUUAUUUAAAAUGUAAUGAAUUAUAUUUUUAUUUUUCACUGAAAUAAUUUAAAUCUUAUAAACCAUAAGUCAAAAUAACCAUUAAAUUACUUUAAUUUCUUCAUACAAUUUAAAAUUGUAUUAAAUCAUAAUAAAUAAAUAUUUAAGCAGCAUAAUAAACUUUAUGAAUACCUAUUAAUUAUGCAAUAAUAGUAAACUAUAAAUGGUUUUUAUUAAAAAUCUAUAUAUAUCUUUUUGGUAUUUAAUAGUUCUAGAAAAAUAAAAACAUUUUUUAAAUAAAACCCCAAUUUAUAUCCCUAUACAAAUAUGACUUAAUACAAUUAAAUAAAUUGUAUCUAAUAAUGGUUACUUAAAGAUUCUAAAUGUAUAUUAAAUUAAAUUUAAACCUAUUAAAGUAUAGAUAUAUUAUUAAAGAUAAUCUAAUUAUAUAUAUUUCUAAAUAUUAUACUAUAUUGAAACAUAAUAAGCUAUAAAUUAUAUUAAUAGCCAUUAAAUAUUAAUACUAUAUUACUAUUCUUUUAUUCUUACGAAUUAAAUAAUUAUUUAAAAUAAAAUGCAUAAAAAAGGAUUACGAUUACUUUGAUAGAGUAAAUGAUAAGAAAAUAAGCUAAAAUUAAACUUUUGGAUUCAUACUUCAAAUAUAGAAUAAAAUUAUUUUUUCUAAUAAAUUUUAAAUUUAACAAAAAUUACAUAUUUAAUAAAAAUAAUUUUUAGAACAUUAAUAUCAAUGUUUUCUUCAAAUUGAAUUUCAAUAUGAAUGGUAUUAGAAUUAAAUUUAUUCACUAUUUUACUAAUUUUAAAUUUUAAAUCUUCAAUAAAAUAUAUUUUAAUCCAAGCUUUUGCUGCAAUUUUAAUAUUAAAUUAUAUUAAUUAAUAAAUCAAUAUUUUUUUUAGUUAAUAUAAAUUUUAAAAUCUCUAACAAAAUUAAUUUUAACUAUUGUUUAUGAAUGAAAAUUUGGUUCCUCAAAUUGAAAACUAUAGGAUAAUAUAUGUAACAUUUAAUAUUUGCUUUUAAAAAUUAUUUAAUAAAUGUAUCUUAUAAAAAUAAGUAAAAAAGUAAAAAAUAAUACAUAUUAAUUUUGACUUAAUAAUAGAUUUUAAAUCAAUUCUUAUUUUUAAUAGAAAAAGAGGUUUAUUACUGUAAAUAAUAAUACUGAAAAAAAUGUUUCAUAUAGAAGAUGCUAAUGAUCUUUUAACGCAUAUAAUGUUUAAUCUUUAAAAAUAUUUAUUAGUUUAAUAAAAACAUUGAUAUUUUAAAUCAAAAUAAUAAUAAUAAAUUUAAUAAUAUUAAUUUUAACAAAAUCACCUCUUAAAUCAAACAUAAUUAUCUUAUUACAAACUAUUUUAAUUACUUUAAUAACCAACUUAAUUAAUAAAACAUCAUAAAUUUCAUUUAUAAUUUUUAUUCUUUGAGCAAGAGGAUUAAUAAUUAUUUUUUCAUACAUUUCAAAAAUUGAAUUUAAUGAAUUAAAUAUAAAUAAAAAAUUUAAAAAUAUUUUUUUUAAAAUUAUAUUAAUUUAUAUUAUGAAUUAUUAUACAAAAAAUGUAUUUAUUAAAGAAAAUAAUUUUUUAUUUGGAGGUAUAAAUAUCUAUUAAAUAUCUUUUAUUUAGCAAACAAUUUAAUAAUUUAUCUAAUAUUAAUUUUAUUUUUAAUAAUAAUCAUAAUUAUUUGGUUUUAAAAAAAAAAUAAAAAAGGACCUUGAGGACAAAAAUUAUAAUGAAAAAAAAAAUAUUAUUACUACUAUUAAUAUUAGAUUUAUAUGAUAUUUUUUGAUCAUUUAUAAUAAUUUUUCUUAUAAAUCAGAUUUGAACAGGAUUAUUUUUAGCAUUUCUUUAAAAACAGAUAUUAACUUAGCAUUUCAAAGAAUUAUUAAUAUAAACCGAAAUAUUUAUUUUGGUUGAUUAAUUUGAUCACUUCAUGUUGUUGGGGCAUCAAUAUUCUUUAUACAUAUAUUUAUUUAUAUAUAUAUACACAUAUUAGACAAAGAAUUUGUUCAAAUUCUUUUAAUUUUGAACUAACAUGUUUAAUUGUAGUAAUUGUAUUGUUAACUAUAAUAACUGCUUUUAUUGAAUAUUAUUAUAUUAAUAUUACCCUGAGAACAAAUAUCAUUCUGAGGAGCUACAGUUAUUACAAAUCUUUUAUCAGCUAUUCCUUAUUUAGGAAAUUUAAUUGUAAUUUGAAUUAGAGGAAGAUUUUCAAUUCAUUUUAUUUUACCAUUUAUUAUUUUAAUAUUUAUUUUUAUACACUUAAUAUUUCUUCAUUUAAAUAUGAAAUUAUAUAUAUAUAUAUCAUGAAACUGGUCUUAUAAUACACUUAUCAGACUCCAGGGGACACAUUCAUUCAUUCAUAUAUUUAUUUUUUUUUUAUUUACAUAUUUAUUUACUUUAAAUAUUAUCUGUUGUUUGAUUUUUAUUAAAAACGAUUUUCUUUAAAUUUUUUUCUAUUUUAAAUUCUGUUUGUUGGGUUUAAUGUUUUGAUGUCAAGUAAUUUAUUUUACUUUUAUAACAUUUUUAAAAUAUUUUUUUUUUCCAAAUAUUAUAAAACUAUUUAGAUCAAACUAAAAUCGAAAAAUGAAUUACUCUUUCAUCAACUAGAUUCAAAAUGCAACCAAAAAGUCUUCUCAUAAUAGAAAAGUUGUUCACUAAAAAAAAAUACACACAAAUAGUAAUACUGAUAAAUUCUUUGCUCUACUUAGAAUCUAAUCCAUAAAAAACUAAAACUGAGAACAAAAAUGCUUAAUUUCCAGCUGUAUUAUUACUUAGCAUGUACUAAUCAAAUGAACAUUAACAACUCAGUAUAAAUUAAUUUUAUAUAUUAUUGAUCUCUCCAAUUUUUACUAAUAAAUAAAUGUUUAUGUUUAGGUUCCACUUCGUAAAACACCACAUUUUAUAGUUUAUCACUUAGAAACAAAAACAUAUUGUGUAGUUACUUCUUCGACAAAACCAUCUCCAACAUAUUAUAAAUUCAAAGAAGAUGAUAAAGAACUGACUACUGAACAACGUGAUCCUAAUUUUCCACUACCCAAUCAUGAUUUGUUUACAUUAGAACUGUUUUCCCCUGUGUCUUGGGAACCAAUACCAGACACAAGUAUUCAAACAGAGGAUUGGGAAUUUAUAACUUGUUUGAAAAAUGUCGCCUUGACCUAUGAAGGAGCUCGUAGUGGUCUCAAGGGUUAUAUAGCAAUGGGCACAAAUUACAAUUAUUCAGAAGAUAUUACUAGUAGAGGACGUAUAUUCUUAUUCGAUAUUAUUGAUGUUGUCCCAGAACUUGGCAAACCAUUGACCAAAAAUAAAAUAAAAAUGAUAUAUGCCAAAGAACAGAAAGGUCCUGUUACAGCUAUUACACAUGUUGUUGGAUUUUUAGUGACUGCUGUUGGUCAAAAAAUUUAUAUUUGGGAACUUAAAGACAAUGACUUGAUUGGCAUAGCGUUUAUAGAUACUGAAGUUUAUGUUCAUCAGAUGUUGAGUAUUAAAAGUUUGAUAUUGGUCGCUGAUAUUUUCAAGUCCAUUACUCUCCUACGAUUUCAGGAAGAAUACCGCACAUUGUCUUUAGUAAGUCGUGAUUUUAAACCUCUCGAAGUGUAUGAUAUCAAUUUUCUUAUUGAUAAUACAGAACUAGGUUUUUUGUCAUCUGAUAAAUACCAAAAUUUAAUUCUCUUUCUUUACCAGCCAAUGAACCGUGAUAGUCAUGGUGGACAAUGUUUAAUUCGCCAUGGUGAUAUUAAUAUUGGAUCGAAUGUAAACUCAUUCUUCAGACUUCGCUGUAAACAAUCUACAUUGACAUCUGAAAGACGAAAAGCUCUUGGCUCUGAUAGGCGACAUGUAACUAUGUAUGCUACAUUGGACGGUUCAAUUGGUUAUAUUGUACCAAUACAAGAGAAAAGCUACAAAAGGUUAUUAACUUUGCAGAAUAUGUUGGUGCAAAAUCUUACACAUCUAGCUGGAUUAAACCCUAAAGCCUAUCGCUCUCUCAAGGCUACAGUUCAUAAUAGGAAAAACCCAGCUAAGAGAAUAAUUGAUGGUGACCUUGUUUGGAUGUUUGUCACAUGUAUGAAUACUAGACAACGAAAUGAAAUUGCCAAUAAAGUUGGUGUUAAAACAAUAGAGUUACUACAAGAAAUAUAUGAACUAGAUAGAACCACUUGGCAUUUUUAAUGUUUCUAC